CAGCUUAGCACCCAAUAAAAACGGCUUCGGCAAAAACGGGUCUGCUCUCUAUUCAUAAUUUCAUAGAAACCCCAUCUAGCGACACCAACACUGAAGCAGGAGUUAAGAACGAGUUCAGAUCAAGAAAUUACUUCUCUUCACUGUGAUGCUCAAAUGGAGCCUGACAGACUAAACUCUCCAAACACAUCAGCAAUUAUGUUUGAAGUUCUGGGUCAUCAAUUGCAGUUUUCUCAGGAUCCCAAUUCGAAGCAUUUAGGAACUACGGUUUGGGAUGCAUCAAUGGUAUUUGUGAAAUUUCUGGAGAGGAAUUGCAGAAAGGGAAGGUUUAGCCCAUCUAAAUUGAAAGGAAAACGUGUUAUUGAACUUGGAGCAGGUUGUGGAGUAGCUGGAUUUGGCAUGGCAUUGCUAGGAUGUGAUGUAGUUUCAACAGAUCAAACUGAAGUUUUGCCAUUACUAAUGAGAAAUGUUGAACGUAAUACUUCAAGGAUCAUGCAGAUGAAUCCUGGUUCAGAUUCAUUUGGUUCUGUCCAGGUAGCAGAGCUGGACUGGGGAAAUGAAGAUCAUAUAAAGGCAGUUAAUCCACCAUUUGAUUUCAUUAUUGGCACUGAUGUUGUUUAUGCAGAGCAUCUCUUAGACCCACUAUUGAGGACAAUAUUUGCUUUAUCGGGACCGAAAACCACAAUUUUGCUGGGAUAUGAGAUCCGUUCAACUAAUGUCCAUGAACAAAUGCUUGACAUGUGGAAGCAAAAUUUUGAGGUGAAAAUUAUUCCUAAAGCAAAGAUGGACAGGAAGUACCAACAUCCGAGCAUCCAGCUUUUCAUUAUGGGAUUAAAACCCUCAGCAGAGACUCCAGAGACUUCAUCCCCCCCAAUCAAUUGGGAAACAAAUGAGAUUGGAACAAGAGAAACUGAAAAUAGUCAGGAUAAGAAUGGUGAUAGUAACAAUGAAACCAUUGAAUCAGAUGAUUUUGUCAGUGACAAGGUGAAGGAAGAUGGCAUACUGCUGAGAGGACUUCAGAAUGGGAAGCUAAAUGAGUGGGAAGCAAGGAGAUAUGGCUCUAUGGCUGCUCGUCUUCUUCGAGAUGUCAAGAUAACUUAAAUCAUUCAGUUUUAGCAUCCAUAUGGGCUUUGAUGGAGGAAAUACCAAGAUAUGCCGAAGGAAACCUGCAAAUCAGAGUAUCAUGGUGGUGAGGUUCGGUGCAACCUUUUAUGGGUUGCAAAAGGCAGAGAAACUACACAAUAUGUAUGCUGAGAAUCAACAUGGGAGAACUGAGUUCUAGCAUAUCAAUUUCAAUAAUGGCAAAACAAGCAGUUGUAGGGAAAAUCGAAAGGCAUAGGCAGACAAGGUGGAACAUGUUUUAUAUGGCUACUUGGGAAUUGCAAGUGACUUGGAUAAACUUGAUUUUGAGGCAAAGAAACGAUGUGUGGUGAAAAGCAAGAAGGAGAUCUAGGCCAUUGCUGAUGCCCUUCUUGUGAAUGAAUGAGUGGCCAACACUUGUUUAUAUCCAUGAGGUAACUGACACGGGUUUCUGUUUUCUUAUUUUCUCUGGUUAGUGGAAAAUCACAAAUUCAGCUCAUAAAUUCUAUUUCAUAUGUAAUUAACACAAAGCUCAUUAUUAGAUUUAAGCUGCCCAUUUCUGGUAUUAUGUGUA